GCAGCAGCAGCAGCAGCGGGAGGAGGAGGAGGAGGAGGAGGAGGCCGCUGAUGAAUGUGCUGAUUCUUCAGCUGCUGUGAAGCUCAGAACCUCCUCAGUCUGUGUUUUCUUCGUGUUCAGAGUCGGAGCGUCCACAUCUAAGGAUGAGUGAUGUCCACUCAGCUUCAGCCUCCUCCACCAACUCCCAGGUAACAGGAUACGGUUCCCACGGCAACGAACCUCCGGCGUUCAUCCUCCCGCCUCGCAACUCACGGGUGGCCCUGGGUGGAGAUGCCCGACUGGAGGGGAAGGUGCGUGGUCAUCCUGAGCCUCGGGUCACAUGGUACAGGGAGGGGAGGCCUGUGAUUGGUGGAGAGCGCAGCGUCGUGAAGCAAGGUGGGCGGGGCACCUUCAGCCUGGUGGUGGGUGGAGUCAGAGAGGAGGACUUGGGCCUGUACACCUGUCAGGCCACCAAUCCGUCUGGGAGCCGGCAGGUUACCGUAGAGAUUCUUCUGGAAGAGAAUUCUGGGAAGAAGUACGUCCUCCCGUCCUCCAUGAAGGCAGGGUGUCGCGCUGCGCUCCCAGCAACGGACAACAGGGCCAGCAUUUGGGGCGAGAGUCCGCCGAAGUUCGUCACCAAACCGGGUCGAGUGUUCGUCAAGCCGGGACAGACCGGGAAGUUCUCUGCCAAAGCCACGGGGCGGCCACAGCCCGGGGUCACAUGGUACAAGGAGGAGGCGGAGCUCCAGUCUUGUGGGCGGGUCAGUAUUUACGAGCGCUCUGGUCUGCACUUCCUGGAGAUACAGGAAGUGUGUGUGGAGGAUGCAGGAAGUUACACGUGUUUGCUCACCAACAGCGGCGGAACAGCAACGGCCACCGCCGUCCUCAACGUCCAGGGUGUUCCUGAGGACUCCUCCAGGACCGAGGACACACGAACCAGUCACCUGACUGUGGACAGAGCCGCUCCCAGUGCUCCCAGUGCUCCCAGCGCCCAGGCAGAGCAGCCCAGACCCAGAGAGCAGCGGCAGCAGAGCCUCCUGUUUAAGCCUGAGCAGGCAGCUUUGUGGAGAGGCAGACCUCCUGUACAGCUCCCUCCGAUGGCUGAGAGGAGAACUGCAGCUGCUCAGGUCCAGUCAGCCUUCAGUCCUGUUCCAGUGCGCACCAGUUCAGUCCAGCAGCCAACCAGCAGCUCAGACAGCAGCAGGGCUGUGAGACGGUCGCUGUCGGGGUUCAACCUGCGGUUUGAGGCCGUUCCUUUGGACCAGGAGGCCACAGAGGGAGCAGAGGUUACAUUCACCUGCCAAGUCUCAUCUGCUGCCAUUGCCAUGGUUACAUGGCUGAAGGACGGGGGGCCGGUGAGGACGGGGCCGGGUCUGCAGCAGAGACAGGACAGUACCCGUCUGACACUCAGCAUGGAGAGAGUGAGACAGGUAGACCAGGGAUCCUACAGGUGUCAGCUGAUCACUGCUGAUGGACUGGCUGUUAACUCUGCAACCUGGACGCUCAGUGUACACAAAAGCCUCGGUCCAGCCGGAGCUCGGUCAUAUACCGGGGGCGUGGUCUCACAGACCGUCCAGAAUGUGUCACGCCGUGAUGAAGGCGUGCACGGCCGUGAUGGAGCGGAGAGCAGCGCCAGGGUCCGGGACAAAGGCAGACUGCAGGGUUGCAAGUCAAAGGUCACAGAGGUCAGAGGAGUGUUUGAGGCUCCACGCUUCAUUUGCCACCUUGCUGACCUGAAGGUGAUGGAUGGCAGCAGAGUUACCAUGACGGUGGAGCUGACCGGUCACCCCCCUCCAGAGGUGGUGUGGUUCCACAACGGGCAGGAGGUGAUGGAGUCAGAGGACUUCCACCUUCUGAGGGAGAAGAACCGCUGCACUCUGCUGAUCCAGGAGGUUUUCCCAGAGGACACCGGAACCUACAGCUGCCAGGCAUGGAACCAGUGCGGAGAGGACCACACCCAGUCCCAGCUCACUGUGGAGGAGCCCCAGGAUGGUGUCCAGCCCUGGUUCAUCACCAAACCCAAACCGGUGAGCAGUGUUGUGGGUCAGCACGUUCUCCUGUCCUGUGCCGUUGCCGGAGACCCGUUUCCCCAGUACAUCUGGACCAGGGCCGACCUGAGCCGGUCUCUGGCCUCUGGAGGAGACUACGAACUGCUGCAGAAAGAGGACGUCGUCUCACUGCUGAUCCGGAGAGUUAAAAAGCAUCACGCUGGAGACUACCUGAUCACCCUGAGGAACAAUGUGGGGGAGUGCAGUGCUGUGGCCUGUCUGUCUGUCACUGAUGGAGAGACAGACAUCAGGAGAGGACAAGCAGGAGAGGACAACAGCCCUGCACCAGGAGGAAGAGGAGGAGGAGCAGCCGGGGGCACCGCAGCACUGAGAGGAGUUCCCAAACGAGGAGGAGGAGGAGGCGCGGAGCAGAGAAGUAGCAACAGUGUUGGUAUCAGUCGGCAGUGGCAGGAGGCCAGCCAGGAGCAGAAGGAGACCCAGCAGCUCCUGCACCUGCACAAGGAGGAGAAGGAGAAGGAGGAGGGCGACCGGGACUCUCCUGCCGCCGCCGCCGCAGCUGCUGUUCCUCGAGGCCUCCUUAAACGCUGCGUGGACACCAGGGAGCGCAGCGAAGAGGAGCUGCGACAGAGGGAGGCGCAGCAGCUCGACUUCCGCUCCCUCUUGGGACGCCGAGCAGUCAACACUAAAAGCAACCAGGAAGAGGAGCCGAGGGAGGCCGGCCUCGCCACCGCCGCCACCGAGCACCGCCACCACCACCAGAUGGAUUUUAAGUCCAAUCUCAAGGGCGUCAAAACCAAGACGGAGGAGGACCGCAAGGGGAACUCGGCCCAGCAGGUUGACUUCCGAGCUGUGUUGGGGAAGAAGGGCGCCGCCGGCAACAAAACUGCCGACGCGCCCGGAAAGAACGCCGCCGACUUCCGCUCCGUCCUCGCCAACAAGAAGAAGCCCGGGAGCCCGGAGAAGAACGGGGAGAGCGAGAAGACAGCGGUGAACAACUGCGUGGACGGAGGGAUUAUUGAGAAGAAGAGCGGCGGAGGGAAGGCGCCGGAGUUUGUGGAGAAGCUGAACGAUGUGACGGUGCUGGACGGGCAGCGGCUCCGGCUGCAGUGUCGCCUCGCUGCCUCCGACCCCGCCGCUGUCACCGUCACCUGGGUGCUGGACGGGAAGGUCAUCAAGCCGUCCAAGUUCAUCAUCCUCGCCAACGAAGGCGGCCUGUGCUCUCUGACCAUAGACAAAGCUCUGCCGGAGGACGAGGGACAGUAUAAAUGCCGAGCGGAGAACCCGGCGGGGAAGGCUGAAUGUUCCUGUAUGGUUCUAGUCGACGACCCAGCAGAAAACUCUCCGGCUGACAAGAAGUCCAAGAAGGCGACUCCGACCUCAGAGAGUGAAGCCAGAAUAAAGAAGCCGACCGCUAAGACUCCACCCAAACAAGCUCUGCCUCCUCAGAUCCUGCAGUUCCCAGAGGACAUGAAGAUCCUGGCGGGGGAGAAGGUGGAGAUCCUCUGCAAGUUCUCUGGAGCCCCGCCCAUCAACUGCACCUGGCUGAAGUUCAGGAAACCAAUCCAGGAGGGCUCAGCUGAUAUUUCCAUAGAAAGCUCUGACAGCAGCAGUAAACUCACCAUCUCCAGCGGGCAGCAGGAACACUGCGGCUGCUACACCAUCGAGCUGAGGAACAGCUUUGGCCUCCGUCAGGCCGCGCUCAACCUCACCAUCGUCGAUAAACCCGACCCUCCAGCGAAGGUCCCUGCAGCCUCAGACAUCCGCCGGGCCAGUCUGACUCUGUCAUGGUACGGUCCGACGUACGAUGGAGGCAGCGCUGUGCAGUCCUACAACCUGGAGCUCUGGGACUCUGUGGACCAGCAGUGGAAACACCUGGUGUCCUGCAACAGCACCUCCUACAACGUACAGAACCUUCUUCCAGACCGUCAGUACAAGUUUCGUGUCCGGGCAGAAAACAUUUAUGGGGUCGGAGAGCCGAGUGCUGAAUCUGAACCCGUUACUGUUGGACUGGUGGAUGAGAACCAGGAGGCCGAGGCAGAGGAGGAGGAUGAAGAUUCAGAAAAAGAACCUGAAUACAGAGAUGUGACCAUCAGAGCAGAUGUGAAGGUGAAGGAGCUGUAUGACGUGGAGGAGAGGCUGGGAACGGGGAAGUUCGGCCAGGUCUUUAAACUGGUGGAAAAGGCGACGAAGAAGGUUUGGGCGGGGAAGUUCAUCAAGGCGUACUCGGCGAAGGAGAAGGAGAACGUUCGGCAGGAGAUCGGCAUCAUGAACAGCCUCCAUCACCCCAAACUGGUCCAGUGCGUGGACGCCUUCGAGGGCAAGUCUGACAUUGUCAUGGUCCUGGAGAUGAUCUCAGGCGGCGAGCUCUUUGAGCGGAUCAUCGACGAAGACUUUGAGCUGACAGAAAGGGAAGUGAUCAAAUACAUGCUGCAGAUCAUCGACGGCGUCAACUUCAUCCACAAACAGGGCAUCGUCCACCUGGACCUGAAACCCGAGAACAUCAUGUGUGUCAACAAGACCGGCAGCAAGAUCAAACUCAUCGACUUCGGCCUCGCCAGACGACUAGAAAACGCAGGAACUCUGAAGGUUUUGUUUGGGACUCCAGAGUUUGUGGCUCCAGAGGUGAUCAACUAUGAAGCCAUCAGUUAUCCCACCGACAUGUGGAGUAUAGGAGUCAUCUGCUACAUACUGCUGAGCGGUCUGUCUCCUUUCAUGGGCGACAACGACAAUGAGACGCUGUCCAACGUCACCUCGGCCACCUGGGACUUUGAGGACGAGGCCUUUGAUGAAAUAUCUGACACCGCCAAGGACUUCAUCACCAACCUGCUGAAGAAAGACAUGAAGGCUCGGCUCACCUGUGCUCAGUGUUAUGAGCACACCUGGCUAAAGCAGGACACCAACACCAUGAAGGCCAAGAAGCUCUCCAAGGAGAGGAUGAAGAAAUACAUCCUGAGGAGGAAAUGGCAGAAAACGGGGCACGCCGUGCGGGCCAUCGGCAGACUGUCGUCCAUGGCGAUGAUGGCCGGAGUCAGCGCCAAGAAGGGCUCGCCCACCGAAGAGGAUAACCAGUUCCUGGAGUGUUUGGAGUACGAGCAGAAGACGGAGUGUAAGCCGACUUUCAGCUCCGUCAUCAGAGACGUGGAGGUGGUGGAGGGCAGCGCCGCUCGCUUCGACUGUAAGAUUGAAGGUUACCCUGAUCCGGAGGUGGUGUGGUACAAAGACGAGCAGCCCAUCAAAGAGACCCGACACUUUCAGAUCGACUACGACGAAGACGGAAACUGCAGCUUGGUCAUUUCAGAGGUGUCGGGCGAUGACGAUGCGAAGUACACGGUGAAGGCGGUCAACAGUCUGGGGGAAGCGACCUGCACAGCCGAGCUGCUGGUGGAGGUGAUGGCUGGAGAGGAAGAGGAGGAGGAGGAAGAGGAGGAAUAAAGCAGUGUUGGUCUGGACUCCCACAGGAGGAGGAGGAGGAGGCGCUCCUCUUCAGCCUGUCAGCCCUGAGCAGGAGAAAAGUACCCACCAGUAACAGGUUGUGUUGUUGUUCUUGGAGGAACAGGUGGGCAGGGUUUGUAACCAAGGUGAUGAGCAAAAGCCAGAAUUUAAUAAAUCGACAGUCCACCUCCACCCACCAAAAACAGGAUUUUUAUUCACCACAUUACAACUGUGUGCUAAACCCCACCCACCCAAAAACUGUGGAGAACAGAAGCCCCGCCCAUAUCAGUUCAGGCUCUUCUCAUUGGCCAGUUUCCUCUUACUGUUGAUUUCAGUUCUUGCUCUGAAAGACGUAAGCUUGAAACAGCAGAUUUAGGUUUUCUGUCCAUUCUUAGAUAACGUUUAAACCGCUAGUCAGUUAAAAUAAUAAUAAUAUCUUCACCACAAGGAUGCAUAUUUAUAUAAACAUACACAUACAUGUAUCACACACACCAGCCGGUGGCGGUAACAUGGUGAUAAACUGGUCAACAGCUGUCAGAGAGCUGUGGGAGCUGCUAAAUGCUAACGAAAUAACAAAUGUAAUAUUCAAUAAAAUUCUGGUGGUAAAAUUUUAUCUGAGAAUGUGGCUAAAAAAAUCCCAGAAUGAUGUUUCAGCUCGACAGGAAAGAGCGUGACACAAACCUUCCUGAAGAGUUCAACUAGUCUUUUAAUACGUUCUUUUUCAUCAGCGGUAUAAUAAACUACAUUCAGCUCCCCUCAGCAAAGACUUCUGGGAGAUGUAGUUGUUGCUGCUGGUGCAGGGUCUGGGGCUUCAGCUCUCUGUAUUUCUGAACCAUGAAACCUGUACUGUAGGUGUACCAGACCUGCUCCCUGUGGCAGUCCAGGUGCGGAGGAAGAUGGUACGAAGGAAGCGGUGAAGAGGAAGAAUGAUGAAGGCACAGAUGACAGAGCUUUAUAUUCACAGUUUGGUCACCUGACUAUAAAGUGGUUGAAUCCUGUUAGCGCUGCAGCUAAUGGUGCGAUGAAGAUGAAGGGGAUGAUUAUAUUUAUCACCUAAAGAUGAUCCAGAUUUUACUGAUAAACUGUGGUGUGAGACUUAAACUAAGACUCUGAAAGACGUUAGCUCAACGUUAGGGUGACGCUGGUUGACAAACGUUAACUAUUGUUAGCUUAGUGCUAGCAAACAUUAGCUGUUUAUCAGCAGAGGCCAGGGCUGCGAGCAUUGAACUGAUGCUUCAAAGUAGAAUAAAACUAGUACAGACUCAGUUUUAAAUCAGUUGUUUAGAAAUAUAUUAAUAUUAUUCAGAUAAAAUCCAAGUUCAGAUGGAGAGCUAACUGUUAGCUGAGGUCGGUUGAUAUUAGCUUUCUAGCAAAUACAUGUUAUCCUACAUUAGCAGAGGCCAAGGCUGUGAGGAGUGAUUUAAAACACCAAGUCGGCUGCUACAUUGGAUGCAUCUCUAAAUUCAACUUCAGAUAAAGAAACCUAACUAACGUCACCCUAACAAGCAUUAGCUUACCAGCUAAUGGACAGUGCUGAUUAGCAGUAUAGAUUUAAGCUGGUGUUAAUUAAAACACACCUAAAGCGAUAAAAGCUUUUGUUUGUCAGCUAAUGAGACGAGUUCAUGAACAACAACUUGUACACAAUCAGAAAAAAAUAGUUAGCUGGGUCGCCAACAUUAACAUAAUCCACCGCUGAUAGCAGCGCUGCUGUCAGGCUUGUUUCACUCUAUUUAUUAUCAGUAUUUCAUUUUAACAUCAACCGAGUCUCAGAUUUUUACUUUUUAGGUUUCUGGGUAAUGAAUCAGUUUCAUGUCUUUGAGCCGCUGAGAAGCAGAAACAGCCAUCAAAGCCACCAAACGCCUUAAAGUUAAAGUGACCCGACUGUGUCAGUAUAAGCUCCGCGAGCACCUGAACGACUGAUGAUGAGAAGUUAUAUAACAGUAACACAUGUUGUAGUCUAUAACCAACUGCUCCCCGUUUGCAUCCGCCGUGUUCGGCCGUCCGUUUGGCUCUUUUCUCUUUCUGCACUUUUCUUUCUGUCUCGUUUGUAUUUGACUUUGACUGACAGCUAGCUUCACCUCAGCCUCGCGUCGUUAGCCUUAAAGCAACGCGGUGAAAACUUCAAUGACAGCCUGGGUGAUUUUAAAGUUUUCUGCCCGACAUUUGUCACUGAUCGUGAAUUGAAAAUCAGGGAUGGCCUCCUAAAUUCUGCAUAUGAAAUAUCAAUUUAUGAACAUCAAUCAUUUAUAUUAUAUCUUUCUAAGAAUUCACACAGUGCAUUCACCAAAGAAAGAAGUUAGACACAUUUACUGCUAAUUAUAACUUCAUGAUUUAGCAUCUCAUAAGAUAAAAAGUCCGUAAUUACAAGAUCUUCUCUCUUGACUUUCUUCAUUAUGAGAUCCAUAUCUCCAAAUGUUUUAGUUAUGAGGUCUUUAUCUUAUAAUAACACUUUAUCUCUCAACUAGGAAAUGAAAUCUUGUAAUGAUGACUCAGCAGCUCGAGAUGAAAAUACCUCAAGAUUAGAUUACGAGAGAUACAGGUGUCGUAAUUAUGAGAUACUACGUCAUAAACUACAGAGCUUAAUCUUUACAAAAGCGUCCCUCAAAGUUAAGAAUCAAAAGAUAAUUCUGCAGAAGUUAAGAGCAUCCCUGACGACCUUGCCCUCCAUCGGCAGCUGGAGGCGGGGGUCGUCCCUCGCCGUGUCCACCAGGAACCGGACGUGAUCUGAGGUCGUCUCUGAUGCGCUAACGUGUCCGCGCCGACGUCAAAGUCGUCUUCUCGUUUUGUUUUUUUGCCACAUUCCAGCUGUUUGUUUGUGCUUGAAAACAUUUAUUUCAAGGCUUCGAGGGCUGAUUCAGCUUUAAACCAAAGAAACGCCUUGAAGGGCUCACGGUGUGUGUUUGUGUGUGAUCAUCUGCUUUACGCCGCGUUCGUGUUCCAGCUGAAAGCUUUCCUGUUGUUCUUUGUUUUUAACAAGGUUUUAUUUUUAGACUUAUUUAAUGCACGGAUUCAUAAUUAUGAUAUUAUCAUUGAGCAUCCGUCUUCUUGGAGAAGCACUUAAUUUGUCACAGUUAUUACGACCCCCCCCCAAUGCUAAGCCAAGCAGUGGACUCACUCCCAGACUGAUUUGUUUUUGUAUUAGAUGUAUGUAGAUUCUGUUUCUCUAAUUUUUAUAAAUCUAUUUACCAGUUUGAUGAACUGCAGAUGACAUGUAUGAGAACACUACGACUGUAGUUACUCACAGAAACCAAAUAAACUCAUCACAAAA